GCCGUGCACGCGGGACGGCGGGAGCGGUGACGGAAGCCGCGACUUAGAAAGCGGCCGUCCUUUGGACACGACUCCACCGUUCCACUUCCACGUCGUAUCCGUGACUCUCUCCUCCCCUUGGGCUCACGGCAAUGGCGAAACCCUCUCAAUCCCGCCACCUCCUCCUCCUCCCCGUCGCCGCCCUGCUCGCCGCGGCCCUCCUCCUCCCUCUCGCCAGCUCCGACGCCGCUGGGCCCAACCCCACCGCGUACGACGAGCUCCGCCUCCGCGGCUUCCCGCGGGGCCUGCUUCCAGCCAACGUCCGGGGCUACACCCUCGACGCCGGAUCAGGGGACUUCGCCGUCGACCUAACCUCCAGCUGCCGCAUCGUGCUACCCGCGGGGAGCUACCUCGCCAAUUUCAACGACCGCCUCACCGGCCACCUCGACGACCGUCGCAUCUCCGGGCUCAGCGGCAUCCGCGUCAAGGCCUUCUUCCGCUGGUGGUCCAUCACCGGCAUCCGCGCUGACGGAGACCAGCUCGUCUUCGAGGUGGGCUCCGUCUCCGCCAAGUUCCCCGCACGCCACUUCAACGCCAGCCUCGAAUGCCCCGCCAAGGCCGCCUCUUAGGUCAACAAGGCAUCUCACGUGUAGCCUCAUGGUAUGGCAUCGUCAAGUAGCCCCGGUAUCAAGCAGGAUCUGUUUUAAUCUUUUCGCUACCUCCUUUGUAUUUACCUGUGUAUAAACCUGAAUCGCUAAGCAGGCCACUCCACACCAAGAAACCGGAAUAAUGUAAGUGGUUCUUGUUAUCCGCUGGAUGGCUUGUCACCAUAUGGUCCUGGAAAAUGGUAACCAUUCUUGUUCAGUUUGUAAUAUAAGGCAUCUGGUGUGGAACAUAUAACCUCCCGGGUACAUUAAUCAUUAUCAAAUACAGAAAAUCUUGUCGAAUGGACGUUUCUUGAA